AUGGCUUCUAGUAGGAAUUCGUUGGCAUUGACUGUGGGUAGAAAGAUGGGAAAAAAAGGAUGUGAAAAAUGCAGAUGCGGGGAUGAUAUUGUAGUCUUCACUUCAUGGACUGAACAAAAUUAUGGUAGAAGAUUUCUUAAGUGCUCAAAUCACAAGGAGCAAUGGUCAUGCAAUUAUUUUGAUUGGAUUGAUGCACUGGUUGAGAAUCCAAUGUUGGAGGAGUUAAAGAAGAUGAAGAAAAAUAGUGAUGAUAUGAGAAGAAGGAUGAAGAAAUUGGAACGUGUUAUAUUUGUAGUUGUUAUGGUGAAUGUAGUGUUGUUCUGUAAAUUGCUGAUGUCAUAUGCCACAUUUAAGCCAGUUAAUGUGUCCACCUCAGCAAUUAACGGUGUUAAUGCCACAUCAGACAAUUUUAACAGUGUCAGUAACCCAGAGACCAACAGACUCAAACGGAAAUAA